CAUUUGUUAAACACGGAAAAAAGCCGCGAGGCCCAAACGUUUUGGUAAAUAUUUACUCAUUGUAUAAAUUAAUAAUAGACGAUUACAUUACAAUUGGAUAAGCUUCCAUAAGCACAUCAACAUGGCUCUCGUAAAACCGAAAUCUGAGUUGACGCCGGAGGAACUGGCUCGUCAGGAAGAGGAGGAGUUCAACACUGGCCCACUGUCGGUGCUCACACAAUCGGUGAAGAACAACACACAAGUGCUCAUCAAUUGCCGCAACAACAAAAAACUGCUUGGCCGCGUCAAAGCCUUCGACCGCCAUUGCAACAUGGUCCUGGAGAAUGUUAAGGAGAUGUGGACGGAGUUGCCGCGUACCGGCAAAGGCAAAAAGAAGGUGAAACCCGUCAACAAAGAUCGCUUCAUAUCGAAAAUGUUUCUGCGCGGCGAUUCUGUAAUUCUAGUUCUACGGAAUCCACUGGCCACGGCAGCCGGCAAAUAGAAAUCACAAAGCGAAAUCCCAUUCAUUAAACUACAAUCAAUAAAACUAAUUUGCAAUUUGCUAUAA